AUGGACAUGGUUUCAUUCAACUUUCUAUUAAGCCUGGAUGUGCCAUUUAUAAAAAUAGGCUCUGGUGAUUCCAACAAUCUUGUUUAUAUCAAGUACGCGGCUUCGAAGAAUAUACCACUUGUAGUCUCGACGGGAAUGAUAGAUAAGUCGACUGUUAACUCCAUUUAUGAAAUAAUAGCGGCUAAUCAUAAACAGUUUUGUUUAAUGCAUUGCGUAUCCGCAUACCCUACACCGUAUGACGACUGUAAUUUGAUGGUGUUGCAAGAUUAUAGAAAAUGCUUCGACGUUCCCAUUGGUUACUCUGGUCAUGAACUUGGAACGAAAAUAGCGGUAGCCGCUGUGAUAUUAGGAGCCAAGGUGAUUGAAAAGCAUAUAACUUUAGAUAGAAGCAUGAAGGGAACCGACCAUCAGUGCUCACUUACGCCGGUAGAGUUGCAACAGCUUGUGCGGGAAGUACGCUGCGUCGAAGUAUCUCUUAAGAUCCCCAUAGAUACGAAUUUUUUGGCGGCUGUGAAAAUGGUCGAAGUGAAGAUAACCGACGAUAUCAAAAUUGGCGGCAACAAUCCGUGUUUCAUUAUAGCAGAAGUUGGACAGAAUCACCAAGGUGACAUUGAAGUUGCAAAAAAAUUGAUAAGAGCAGCCAAGGAGUCUGGUGCGAGCUGUGUUAAAUUCCAAAAAACCUGUCUUAGUGAAAAAUUCACAACAAAAUAUUUAGAAAAGCCUUAUGACAGCGCCAAUUCCUGGGGCAAAACAUAUGGCGAACACAAGAGGCACUUGGAAUUUUCUGAAACACAGUAUAGAGAAUUGUUCAGAUAUGCUCAGGAGAUCGGUAUUUUGUUUUCGGCCUCCGCUAUGGAUAUGGUGUCAUUUGAUUUUCUUGUCAACAUUAAAGUACCGUUUAUCAAAAUAAGCUCAGGGGACUCGAACAAUUCGCUAUUUUUAAAGUACGCCGCAUCGAAAAAGGUUCCAUUGAUCAUAUCUACUGGAAUGGUGGACAAGACAGCUGUGAAAACGAUCUAUGACAUAAUAUCGGCACAACACAAACAGUUCUGUCUAUUACAUUGUAUCUCGGCGUAUCCUGUGCCAUUCGAAGACUGCAAUUUGACAGUUCUACAGGACUACAUGAAAUCCUUUGACGUGCCUGUUGGAUAUUCCGGGCAAGAAAUUGGGACGGCUGUCGCCCUAGGCGCUGUGGCUCUGGGUGCGAAGGUAUUGGAAAAGCACAUAACCUUGGACAAGAAUUUGAAAGGCACCGACCACGUGUGUUCGCUAACUCCGACCGAAUUUCAACAGCUGGUGCGCGACGUGAGAGUGAUAGAAGCGGCGCUUGGUACACCUAUCAAAAAAGUCGUCACUUCGGAAAUACCGUGCAUCGACAAACUGCAGAAGUCCCUCGUGAUGGGCAGCACUAAAAACAAGGGCGAGAUAUUGUAUCCCGGCGACGUGAAGAUAAAAGUGGCCGAGCCCAAAGGGUUGAACGCGUUACGUUUCGAGGAAGUGAUCUAUAAGACCCUCGUGUACGACAAAAAGGAGGACGAGCCUCUCAACGAAGGCGAUUUUUGU